CAAAGAUUUUCCAGAGAGUGGAGGAGAAAGGAAAUAAAGAGAAAGGGCGGGGGUUUUUUGAAUUAGUUGCCUCCGUUUAAUAAUUAACUUUUUCCUUGCCUCCCUACUCUCUCUCCAAGAUGGACAGCCACGUGGAGCCUACCAUCGCCACCGCUGGUCCUACCCCGCUCUCUCCGCCGCGCGAUUCUCUUGAUCUCAUUCCCGUCGGAUCCGUCGAGGCAGAGGAGGAGAUUGAGACUUUAUCUCCUCCGUCUGAGGAGGAUCACGACCACGCUAACGGUCAAAAUCGGGAUCAAAAGCAGAAUCAGGAGAACUCGUCGGCGACUGCUGUCCUUACUGAUGAUCUCAAAAAUAAGAUCAUUAAGCAGGUGGAAUAUUAUUUCAGCGAUGAAAAUUUGCCGACGGAUAAGUACAUGAUGAGUCUGACUAAGAAGAACAAAGAAGGUUUUGUUGCUAUAUCAGUAAUUGCGUCUUUUAGGAGAAUGAAAAGACUCAGCAGAAGUUAUCCAUCAAUAGUCGCUGCGCUUAAAGAGUCUUCCCUACUUGUUGUUAGUUCUGAUGGGAAGAUGGUGAAGCGUCGCAAUUCUCUUCCAUCUAUUGAGGUCAGGGACCCUAAGUUAUUCACUGUUUUGGUAGAAAAUCUUCCAGAGGAUCAUUCAGUGGAGAACAUUAGGAGGAUAUUUGGUGAAGUCGGAAACAUCAAGAAUAUAUCCCUCCGCGAUCCACAUGCUGUGGAAGAGUCAAAGAAGAGUGUUAGGGUAGAUCUUUUGGUCAGCAGCAAGUUACAUGCCCUAGUGGAGUAUGAGACAGUGGAGGCUGCUGAAAAAGCUGUGGCUACCUUGAAUGAUGAACGUGACUGGAGAAAUGGCAUGCAUGUUAAGCUUCUUAAGCGAAUAAUGGGCAAACAUGCUCAGCGAAGGCCAGCUUGGAGAGGACCUGACCCUGCUGAAAAGAACAGCAAUGCUCGAGCAUCUGAUCAAACGGGAGAUGAUGAGAAUAACGCCUCAAAUCAGCAUCAUGAAGGUUUACCAGAUGAUGAGGAUGGCGAGAAUUUGUCCAAGGAGAAAAAUGGGCAUCGACCUAGAAACAGAGGACGAGCAAGGAAACCAAGAACUCGGGGUACAAAUGGACUUGGCCAUGGAACGACAUCCUCAUCUCAUGCCAUUGAACCAUCAAAGCCACCCCCAGGCCCUAGAAUGCCUGAUGGAACGAGGGGAUUCACAAUGGGACGCGGAAGACCACUGGUUUCUAGGCAAGGCUAGUGAGCUGUGCUUUUGCGUCUGGUAUAAUCUUGCCUAACGUGUUGGUUAUUGUGACUGUGGAAUUGUACAGAUGUGGAAAGCUGGAAGCGGGUUUUCUAUUAUAUUGUUUCAAAGGCUAAGUUUUGAAACCCAAAUAUGGAUUAUUUACUUAGUGAUGCUGUUAGCUUAUAUUUAAGAACUGGCAUCGUGAUAAAAAUACCAGCUACAUGGUUCUUGUUUUUGGAUUAUGUUCAUAUCAAUUAAAUUUUUAGCGAAAAUAAUUUGGUUCUUUA